CGACAUUCCAGGUUCGUUUUAUGCGUGACAUCCCGCAUCAGCAGCAGUUAAAGGGGAGGUGGUGUCAGGGCUCACCUCUCCUUUAAUGGUCACACUGCUUCUGACACAUCCGAACCGAACCCCGUCCGUCACAGGCGCAGAGAACCCAGAACACAGCGGGAGGAACAUUUCCUGCUGCUGGCCCUUUAAGGGACCUGAAGUUGAACCGCCUUCAGCUCUCGCGGCUUCCUGUCCGGACGCAGCGGCUCGGUGACGUCAUGAGCCACAGCCGAUGGAGUCUCUGAACGCCGUGGAGCUGCGGGAGCUGCAACGCUGCGGCCCGUCCAGCGGGGGGCGCUGCGCCGCCGGAGGCUUCGAGAACGUCUCCUACCAGCAGGACGAGGAGCUGGACGAACCGGGACCGGAUGCGACCCGCGGCUGUCCGUCCGGAACCAGCACCCUGCAGGUUUCUCCAGAGUCGUGUGACGAUGAGGAUGGGGCUGCCGGAGGAGGAGGUGAUGGUGGUGCGGGCCUGGCGGCGCCGGACCCGGCCGACGGCCGCUCUGCGGACCUGGGCUUCGUUGUGGCGCUGGUUCUGCUGGUGAGCGGCAUCGUGCUGGUGGUGGUGGCCUACACCGUCCCCCGGGACGCCGGCGUUGAUCCGGACUCGGUGUCGGCGCGGCAGAUGGAGAAGCUGGAGCUGCACUACGCCCGGCUGGGCUCGCACCUGGACAGGUGCAUCAUCGCAGGCCUGGGCCUGCUGACGCUGGGCGGGAUGUUCCUGUCCGUCCUGCUCAUGGUCUCCAUCUGCCGAGGCGAGAUGUACCGCCGCGCCGCCUUCGUCCGGCCCAAAAGGACCUACGGCUCCAUCAGCCUGAGGAUGAAGCAGCUGGCGACCGGAGAGGCGGACGGAGACGGGGUGGAGCGGGUUCUGGUGGAAAACACACAGCCGGGGUCCAGCCGGGACCAGAACUCAGAACCGAGCAGGACGCCGGCUGCGGCUUCAGCUGCAUGUGGAGUUUAGUCGGAAUUGAUCCGGUUGGAUCCGGUUUGGUUCAGUUGGAUCCCAGCUGUCAGAAGCCAACCAAUCAGACGGCUUGUGACGUUGGCAGACAGGAAGUGGAGCGGUAAGGCCCGGUGGACCAGAACUCCUCUGGAGAUUAUGAAACAUCAGAAUUACUGCAAACUGAAAUACUCAACCAGUAUUUUCGUUUUUAGUGCAAAUACUCCAAUUUACUUGAAAUAAGACAAAACUCUGGUAGUUUAUCUCCUGCAGCAGCUUG